AAUCGAGGCUUGUGUGGUGGUGGUGGUGGUGGUGGUUACAGCAAAGAAGCGGGAUGGAGUGGAAAGCGGACUCGAGUCAGCAAAGGCGGAGCUGGAAGGGCGCGUCGUGUAUUGCGGCGGUUUGGUUCCCUUCGCUCUUCUUGAAGGUUCUGUGACGUCACUCGAUCGCUAGCACCUACCUACCAGGACUGGAAGGCGCUCUUGCGCUUUGGGGCGCCUUUCAGCUCUCUCUGGAAAUACCAAGGGAAACGCCUCGGCCUUUUCAACAGGCUCCGCGCUUGGUUUUUAAAAACCACGAAUAGGCAGCUCGGCCUCUUUGGGUGGGUUCCAAAGUUGUUGUUUCCUCCCCCCCUCCCCCUCAGCAAAGGCGCUCUUUUGUCGCACGGCUAUUCUUUUUUGUUCUGGAGAAAAUCUUUUUAUCAAUGGGGUCUCUCUAGAGGUCGAAAACGUUUUGAUGGCACCUACCCGAUUAUUUUUGUUACUCCGACAAACCUUAGAGGAUCCCUGUAGCUGUAUAAACCUGAAACUGCCACCUUUAACUUCCCAUUAACUGCAAGGGUGGCACUUCAAUGAAAAACUGAUCAGAAACAGGAAAGGAUCCUGGAGGAGUUUUAUAAGGAAGAAGAGAGCCUUUCAGAUCAUUUAAAUGUCUUCAGAAGACAAGGAAUCUCAGGAGGAUGAACUUCUUGCUUUGGCAAGUAUUUAUGAUGAAGAUGAAUUCAAGAGAGCACACGAUGUACAAGGAGGAGAAACUCGAAUCUCCGUGGCUGUGCCUCAGAAUUUCAGAGUAUCUCUGAGUGGCAACUUCACAGGGAGUCUUGAAAACAGCAAGCUUGAAUAUACAGUAAGCUUUCUGCCUCCAAUAGUGCUGAAUUUUGAAUUCCCAGCGGACUAUCCUUCAACUUCCCCACCUGUGUUCCUUCUCAGUUGCAAGUGGCUGUCUCAGGCUCAGCUCACUGCUCUUUGCAGGCACCUAGAUAACUUAUGGGAAGAAAACAGAGGUUCUGUGGUCCUGUUUGCCUGGAUGCAAUUUCUCAAAGAAGAGACACUUGCCUAUCUGAAUAUAACUUCCCCGUUUGAACCAGAGAUAACUGAGCAAGAAAAACAGCCAAAGGAAGAAGAUGGUUGCUAUGACAUCAGAGAUGCUGCAUCCGCACAUAAAGAAUCCUCUGAUACAAGCACUGUAGAGGAUGUUGAAUCUUUGUCAAUCCUUAUUAAGGAAAUUUUAGACUUUGAUCAGUCCCAAAAGGAGAAGAAUUUCAACUGUAAAAUGUUCACGUGCAAUAUCUGUUUUUCAGUAAAACAGGGAAGCGAAUGUAUGGACUUUAAAGACUGCAGGCAUGUGUACUGCAAGAUUUGCUUAAAGAACUACUUUGAAAUUCAAAUCAAAGAUGGACAGGUCCAUUGCCUGAACUGUCCAGAACCUGAAUGUUCAUCUGUUGCCAUUCCUGGGCAGGUGAAAGAGCUGGUGGAAGAGAAGCUAUUUGCACUUUAUGAUCGCCUUCUGCUUCAGUCAAGUUUGGACUUGAUGGCCGAUGUAGUCUAUUGCCCACGUCCAAGCUGCCAAACCCCAGUGAUGCAGGAUCCUUCUUGCACUAUGGGCAUCUGUUCACAAUGUAAUUACGCAUUCUGCACUUUGUGUAAAAUGACCUAUCAUGGAGUUUCCCCUUGUAAAGUCACUGCAGAGAAGCUAGCAGAUUUGCGCAAUGAAUAUCUUCAAGCAGACGAAGCCACACAGCGAUUUUUGGAGCAACGCUAUGGCAAAAGAGUUAUUCAAAAGGCUUUAGAGGAGAUGGAAAGUAAAAAAUGGCUAGAAAACAAUUCCAAAUCAUGUCCUUGCUGUGCAACUCCUAUUGAGAAGUUAAACGGCUGUAACAGGAUGAGGUGCACUGCUUGCAUGCAGUAUUUCUGUUGGCUUUGUAUGGGUGUUUUAUCAAGGAUAAAUCCAUACAAGCACUUUAGUGAUCCAGACUCACCAUGUUUUAACCUGCUGUUUCAAGCUAUGGAAAUUGAGGAUUAAUUUUGGAAUGAAGAGAAAUGAUUUUUUAAUCAGAAUCAAACGCUAAAGAAAUGAAGAUGUUCAAUGCAUGUUCAAGUUACUUUGAUUAUCGAUAGAUGAGACACAGAAAUCAGCUCAGAAUGUGUAGAAAACUGCUUUUGUUUGCUACCAUUAAUUUCAUGGAUGUUGUCUUUUAAUUUUCAAAAGCACUGAACAUUUAAUCAAGCACAUUAAAAUUUCACAAUGUGCUUCUCUUUUUAGUUAGCGCUAUUAUCACUAAAACCUGUUCCAAGAACAAUAGUGGAAUGUAAGCAAUUGUUUGCUGUCCUUGUCCUAGGAACAAGGAAUAAGGGUAAAAACGUGUGAUUUCUUCAGGUCCUGCAAUUCUUAACACUUUAUCCUGUUAACAUGGAUAAUGAUGCUGCCUGAGAGUUUCUUGGAUACUACUUAUCAUGACAUGGAUAGAAAAUGGACUUUAAAAGGCAAGG